UUUUGGUAGGCAGUAGAUACGACGACUACGUAUGUGAUUAUUGUUUUUGUUGUAUAGUGUACAGUGUACACUAUGUAGGCGUUUGCCCGUAGGCAUAAGAAUAUUUAUCAUUAUAAACUAUCAUAGCUAUUGGAAUUAUUUAGUUUUUCUAUAGUCGUCAUUAUACGUAUUGUUUUUCAUCGCCGCUGUCCAGAUGCCUUUGAAAAAUUACCUUUGAUCCAGCUAUAAGAUGCCCCUAGGACACGCCGUUGUCGUUUGGGAAUGGGAAAACAGGAACGGCCGAUGGAAACCUCAUAGUCCCGAAGUGGCACAAUUACUCGAAAGGGCUCAUUUCAAGAAGUUGACCAGGGUGAUACUGAGAGAUGCUGACCCAAACAUGGAGUCCUCGUUUGUCAAUUUACGAACGAUGUACCAGUGCUCUGAAGAAAACGAAGGUGCACUUUUGGCUGUACGCAGAUCUUACUAUCCGGCCAAUUCUUUGCCUGGUAAAGGAGCUAGAUGGGAAUGGGCUGGUGAUGUACCUGGAGAAUGGCAUACAUACGACAUGGAAUCCCAAUGUUUCCUAGAAACAGCCUGGGCAAUGGGCUGUCAAAUUAUAGAUGUAAGCCGGACAUAUUUAGGUUUUCCAUAUACAAUUAAUUUUUGUAAUUUAACCCAAGUACGGAAUGACAGUGGAUAUAAACGUAAUAUUAGACGUGUGAACCAAGCACCAUACCCACUAGUUAAAAUACAAUCAGAUGAAGUUAUUCAAUUUAAUGAUAGAGCAGUUGUAGACACCAUUAGAAAUUUAUCAUCAAAAAAUGAAACUAUUAGAAAGUCCAGUUCAGAAUAUAUAGAUACAAUAGCUAAAAAACAACUUCAUUAUAAAAAAAACAAACAAGUAGUUCAUGAUAGCCAUCACAGUGGAACUAAUAUAGCUCGUACCUUAUUAAGUAUUUUUGCUAAUAAAAAUCCUUCAUCACUGUCUAAAGAAGCUCAAUGGCCAAUAGGAACCACAGCAACUAAAAGCUGUAGUGAAUCAAUUAAAUCAGAUUCAUCUAUAAUUGAUUUAGACUCUAGUAGCAUACGCAGUGGUAGACGUCCUAGUGUAGAUACUAUUUCAACUUAUCUAAGUCAUGACAGUCAUGAACUUCGCACAUCACGAUAUGAUCUCUUGGAUUAUUCUGGUGGCAGUAUUGGUAGUGAUGAUGCUUUUGAAUGUCAACAGAAAUCAGAUAAUUGCAGAAAUCAAUCAGUUAUUGGUGUGAAUUCAGUAAGCGAAAAAUUAUCUUGCUAUGUUCAAAUAGUUGAUGAUUUUUGGCCAGGACUUGACAUGUUAUGUCCAUUUUGUCAAAAUCCACUUAUCUCAUCAAAUAAAUCAAAUAAAAGCCUAGUUAUAGCUUUGAGCAUAUGUCAACAUAGAAUGCAUCUCACUUGUCUAAAUUCAAUUUUAAACAAUCAACCUUAUUCUAAUCAGUGGAUGUAUAUUCAAUGUCCAAUCUGUAUGAAAGUAUAUGGAGAAAAAAGAGGUAACCAACCACCAGGUGCUAUGAAGUGGACAUAUUUAAAUCGGUCAUUACCUGGAUAUGGUAGUACAAGAACUAUUCAGAUUACAUAUGAAAUAUCAUCUGGGAUUCAAGGUGAAGAACAUCCACAUCCAGGCCGUCCAUAUUAUGCUUUAGGUUUUCCAAGAAUUUGUUAUUUGCCAGAUACUGAAAAAGGAAGGCGUGUAUUAUCAUUGUUGAGUAAAGCUUUUGAAAGGCGACUGGUAUUUACAGUUAGACUUUCAAUUACAACUGGCAAUGAAGAUGUUGUUGCAUGGAAUGGUAUCAUACACAAGACGGACUUCGACACCAGAAUGCAUCAUGGUUUUUUAGAUGAAUGUAUUGAACAAUUAUCAGCACAUGGUGUUGUUUGAUUUAUUUUCUGGAUAUAAAUUAAGUACUAAUCUGGUUUUUUUCCUUAUAUCAUUUUAAUAACUUCUUCACUUACUGAAUUACAAUAAAGCUUUAAAAUUGUUGGCUGUUAUAUAAUAAAUAUAGAACAUUUGUUCUUAUCCUAAAUUAUAGAAUAUCAGUAUUAAAUUUUAACUUAUAUAUUUAAUUUAAAUUUAAUAUAGGUAUUACAUUAUAUGAACUCUUACAAAACAAAAUCUAUCUAUUAAUAUAUUUUUUUAAAUAAUAUAAUAUUAUAAACAAAAUAAUUUACAAAUGAUUUACGCAUUACUAUUUUUGAUAUUUAAAUGUUAUCAAAAAAGAUAAAAUUAAAUACUUAAUUAUGCAUCAUUUCUUUUGUUCUCUAGAUAACCUGAUGACAAAUUAGAUAUAUUGAUGUUUCUAAACAAAAUAAUUUCGACUUUUUAAGUCAUAAUUAUACUAAUGUAAAUAUGUUAUAUGUGUUCAAAGAAAGAAAUUUCUUAUAUUUUCCUACUUAAACUUAAAUUAUAGUUAUAUUACUAAUAAAUUGGUUGUUGAUACUUGAUAAUUUAAUACAUAUAUAUUACAAUAGAUAAUUUUAUUUUUAUUAAGUUUUACUAAAUAAAAUUAUACAAUUGUAAAUACCAACCUAUAAAUUGUUUUAAAAUGUACAAUUAAUUAAGUGCAAUUUUUUUAUAAUUUAUCCAAAAUUAUUAAUUAUUAACACAUUUUCUGCAAAAUUUGACUAGCUAAAUUUAAGCUUCUUUUAAUAGUAGUAUAACAUUUUAAUGCAUUGUUAAUAACUUUUAUAUUUACAAAAUAAUUAAAUUUUCUAUGACGUUAUUCAUAAUAAAUUCAUAAUUUUAUAAUUCAAUAAAUGUGUUAAUAACCAUGUUAAUCAGAAAAUGUAUUUGUUGUUAAUAUAUAAGAAGUUUUAAAUCAAAUUAUUUUUAAUAUUUAUAUUUAUAAACAUUAAGUAUACAUAGCCAUAUUAUUUUAUA